UCGCCUUUUUAAACAUGGCGGCUCCGCUGGGCGGUAUGUUCUCUGGGCAGCCGCCUGGGCCUCCGCAGCCCCCGCCCGGACUUCCGGGCCAGGCUUCCCUUCUACACGCCGCGCCAGGCGCCCCGAGGACUUCAAACAGUACUUUGGUGGACGAGUUAGAGUCAUCUUUCGAGGCUUGCUUCGCCUCUCUGGUGAGUCAGGACUACGUCAAUGGCACAGAUCAGGAAGAAAUUCGAACUGGUGUUGAUCAGUGUAUCCAGAAAUUUCUGGACAUUGCACGACAGACAGAAUGUUUUUUCCUACAAAAAAGAUUGCAGCUAUCUGUCCAAAAACCAGAGCAAGUAAUCAAAGAGGACGUGUCGGAGCUGAGGAAUGAAUUGCAGCGGAAGGAUGCCCUGGUGCAGAAGCACCUGGCGAAGCUGAGGCACUGGCAGCAGGUGCUGGAGGACCUCAGUGUGCAGCACAGGAAGCCCGCGGAGCUUCCCCAGGGCUCCCUGGCCUACCUGGAGCAGGCGUCCGCCAACCUCCCCGCGCCCAUGAAGCAGACCUGAGUCCUGGCGCCCGCGGGUCAGCGCGCGUGACCAGCGGGAGAGCGGGAGAGCCCGGUCGGAGCCAGCGAGUUGUGGGUCCGGGCCCCCUGUUCUAUAAGCUGUUGUCUUUGAGAACUUGACAAGAUUCCCGUAGCUUCGGUAAAACCAUGUACUUUUUUGUCUUCAGCGAAGUUGAGACUUAGGGAUUCCUUUCUGUGGAUUUUGUUUUUAAGUUUUUUUAUUUUUGUAUGACUUUUAACUGCCUUUUGUGUUUCCUGUUGUUAUGUUCGGUUGUAUGACCUGAUCAGAGAGUCGGAGGACUAUGGCGAAGGUCUUCUUGGCGCCCCUCCGUGCAUGGCGAAAUACAUCAAAUUGCUGUUUCAGGACUUUAAACUACCUCAAGAGGAGGAAUCUAAUGCAGCAGUGUAUGUGCUGCUUCCAGAGUCCGCGUGAGGGGCUCUUGUAAAUAGGUUGGAAGAGGAUUAGAAUGUUCUAGGUUACUGUAGACUAUUGCAGCAGUAUCCUUAAGGUGAGGCUUGCUUGUGCUUGGGGCGAGUUUGUUUACUUUGGGGCGAGUUUAUUUACUUUGUUGUGGGGGGGAGGCAAGUGCAGCGGGAGCGGCACUGCUAAACUGGGGUACCUUCUGCAUUCACGAACCCCUUUACCUAACAGGCAGACUGCACUGACAGCGACGUAGGGUGAAGGACGAGGGGGCAGAGCUUGCUGUGUUUGUCUCUGCGUCUUGAAGUUGGUUUGCUCUGUCACUGCUUUUGUUUUGAUGAGAACUUUCCACUGGGGAAGGUUCUUACUGAGGGCUGGCGUUGAUCCGGGGCUGGGGGUGGGCGGCAGGGUGACCCUCAGUGAACUUACCUCUACAGCGUGCUUGGAGGGGCACAUUUUACUUGCCUUCGGCCCUGCAGGCCAGCAGGCUUCUUCCUGGGCGCUGUCAGGAGACAGGCGGUCACUGCCUGGGGGCAUCCCCUCUCCUGUUCGGUCUCAGAUCGCGCCCUGCACCUGCAGCCAUCACUCGGGUCUCCAGCCCCUCCCCCCCCACUGUCCCCACAGUUCCUGACUGCACAGUGUGCCAUGCUGCAGCCUGCACUGAUAGUGCCUGGCACAUCCGCACACAGACUUCCUGUCCCUUCCACAGCCCUGCUGGGUUCUCCCUGUCCUGUGCCCCUCGUGGAGCUCGGCAUCACCCCUCUCGGGGGCGCGCUUGCCGCUCCCUCCCGGUCUUGUGUGGGCUCAGCUUGAGGUCAGCAUUCCCCAUGGUCGGAUGUACAGGCUUAGCAGACUUUUAAAACAGCUUCAAGGUUGUUCACCUGUUACCAUAACGUGAUAAUCAGAAACCCUGAUAGGAAGCUUCAGAUUUCUUGACUAAAAGCCAAAACGAAUUAAGUUUUAGGCAUUCUUUGAUAAAGGGCUUCUUGGUGAGAAGACCGAGCACUACAUUAUCUGGUGCUUCGUGAAAGUAUUUUCAAUCAGUGUCUGUCAUUUAUUUCUGGAUCCUUUGUUAAAAUUACAAGUUUCUGUCAAAUAAAUGGCAACUUUUCAACCUUG